GCGACCUGCGAGCGCGCAGGGGGAAGAAGCGAGAGCCGCAGACCUGAUGCGCUGACAUCCGUUUCAACAACAACACUUUCGGUUCGUUCCUCACACGUCUCCCGGUCCCGUUACAACCGGACCGGUGGAAGGUUCUAUAUCUCGAGGUAUGGGAGCGCUGCAGUCCCUACCGGAUCACCCAGAGUACGUCGGUCUGGCGGAGAAGACGGGCUUUUCUUUUGAGCAGAUUGGAAUCCUCCAUAACAGAUUUAAGCAGUUGAGCCACAACGAAGAAACUUUGCUGAGAGAAAACUUCAACAAAAUCCCUGAUCUUGAUUGCAAUCCCAUCCGUUCUCAAAUCAUAGAGGCCUUCUUUGACAGAAGAAACUUUCGUCAGAAUGGCGAGGGUACUGUCGAGGAGAUCGGCUUCGAGGAGUUUCUGGUGAUCAUGUCCCACUUCAGGCCCCCGACGCUGCACAUGAGCGAGGAGCAGCGGGAGGGCAUCAGGAGGGAAAAACUGAGAUUUUUAUUUAACAUGCACGACACGGACAACGAUGGGACGAUAACCCUGGAGGAAUACAGACACGUGGUGGAGGAGCUGCUGUCUCUCAGCGAGGCAUUGGAGAAGGAUACAGCCAAAAGCAUAGCUGAUGCGGCCAUGUUGGAAGUGGCAGGUAUCUCAAUGGGUCACAUGGAACCUGAUGAGUUCUAUGCGGGAAUCACAUUUGAGCAUUUCCUCAAGUUGCUGAAUGGCUUUGAGAUUGAAUCGAGAAUGAAUGUUCGCUUUUUGAAUAUGGACACAACAACCUUGUGUAAGUGAGGCUGGUACAUUAACCUAUGCGGUGACUCUGGGAAAACUCUGAAGACGCAUGAUGAUGGUUUCCCUAUCUGUUGUUUCCAGUUUAUCGCUUGCACUGAAUAAUAUGCCUUAUUCAUGUUGGAAUAAUUAUGCAAAUGAAAACAUAUAUACUGCAGGUGUAGUAGAAGUAGCUUAUUUGAUGCGACGCAAUAAUAGAUAACCAGUCAAAUAACAAUAAGCCUUAGAAGUUGGAGAAAGCAAUAUCCAUGUCUUCGGGAGAAGACAGUAUGACUGAAUGCAUGCAGAUAUUGAUACUUGUAAAACCUUUACAAAUUUCAAUGCCAUAAAUAAAUAAUGUUUAAUUAUCAGGGAUAUAAAGGUGUAUCUUAAAAUAUAUCCAGAUGGCUGUAAUAAUAGCAGUAAAAUCAUUUGAUAUGCCUUUUAUUCAUAUUAGAAAAAUGGCACUUGCUGCAUGCUCUGCACACGACAUUUGCACAAUGAAACCGGAUGAAACCGAUCUGACUUCAGUUCAUGAUGUGUAGUUCUCAUGAAAAGGAAGUGAGAGUGCUGCUAUGCAAGAUUAAAGGCUUAAAAGCUGUAUCUUAUUAGUCCUUCACCAGAGGAACUGAUAAGAUACUUCCUAAGAAAUACCUUACCAUCCUUAACUGCUCAUCCUACUGUCACAAAAACUUUGAAAAGCUUUCAUCCUUAAUGGUUUAUUCUGUUAAAUGUAUAGUAACACUUUAUUUUUCAAUAUUAUAUUGAACAAUUAUAGAAUGUCCAAAGAUGCCCAUAUGCACUUCAUUCUCCUGUUCAGUCAUGGGUGUAUGACCCCCCCUACAGGUCAACACAUGUAAAGCAUGUUAAAUGAUAAUGAACCUGCACCUGAUUCAUGAAGAUAUUUACACUUCAUUUCUAUAGUGUUUUUUUCAGUACUUCAUAUAAUGAAAAUAAUGUGUAAUUCAGUGCUUUUACACAUGGUGCAUGCUUGGUUAUUGUUUUGCAGGUGCACAUUAAUUUAAAUGUUAUGUGUUGCUUUUAGAGUGUCAUUGUAUCGUUUAGGCUUUUACUUUGUAAAGCUGUCCAUAUUUUGCAAUAAAAUACAACAUAUUGUG